AUGGCGAAACUCGAACCCUAUCAUGAUGAUUACUACCUCUGGAAUUACGUUCCGUCUAUGGCUGCAGCUGUCAUCUUUAUUGUCCUCUUCAUUAUAACAACCGGUCUACACACCUGGCGUAUGUUUAAGACCAAGUCCUGGUUCUGCACAGCAUUUUUUAUCGGAGGUCUCUUCGAAAUCAUCGGUUACAUCGGACGAGCGAUGGCGGUCAACAGUACUGGCAAACUCCUCCCAUAUAUCAUUCAGAGUCUCUUCACCCUCAUUGCUCCGGCUUUUUUGGCCGCAUCAAUCUACAUGACACUCGGUCGAAUUAUGCGAUAUGUCCACGGAGAACACCAUUCCAUCAUUCGGAUCAACUGGCUCACGAAAAUCUUCGUCAUCGCAGAUCUCUUGACAUUUCUCGUGCAAUCAGGAGCAUCUGGGUUGAUGUUCAGUGACAGCACUGCUAGUCUCGGUCAAAAGAUCGUGUUGGCUGGUCUAAUUCUCCAGAUCAUCGCUUUCGGACUUUUCUUGUUCACUGCCCUUGUAUUCGAACGCCGAAUGAGAAGAGAGCCCACACCGGAAUCUUUCAUUGUUGAAGCAAACUGGAUCCAUCACUUGCACUGUCUUUACGUCAUAAGUGCUCUCAUUCUCGUUCGAUCAGUCUUCAGAGUUGUCGAGUAUGCGGCGGGCCAGAAGGGGUAUCCUCUGAUGCAUGAAUGGACUUUGUACACAUACGAUACAGUACCAAUGUGGAUCGUCACCGUUCUCUUCUUCAUCUGGUAUCCUUCUCAAUUCCAGGGAAAGCCGGGAACUGGAAUAUCUCCAAGGGAGACGGUAGAACAGGCGCAAAGUGUUCAAUUGAUGAACGGUGAAGAGAGAAAACGCGGUAGCAAUAAUCGGACAAGAGCUUAUGGUCCCCGAAGCAUGGUAUGA